CACUUCCCGGUCACCUUCAUAGAACCGUUGUUUCAUGUAUAUACUCACCGUCACUUUCUAUCGUCGACUUCCAAGAUGGACGACGACUGAGCCGCCACUCGACGUUCCCCGAGCAGGUUCCCGGCGAGCGCCCGCCCGGUGCCCCUGCAGCGCGUGGUGCUGGGCUACCCGUGCGGCGGCGGCGGCGACUUCCGCUUCGACAUGGCGCUCUCCUACAAGCUGGCGGCGGUCGUCAGGGCGCACUCGGCCGGAAAGCCAGCGCUCGUGUUCUGCUCCACUCGCAAGGGGGCGGUGCAGGCGGCCACCGUGCUGGCCUCUUCCCUGGGUCCGGUUCGCAGAGCGGCGAGCUCCUCGGAGGAGCUGCUCGCCGCGGCCAUCAGGGACGCCAAACUGCGCGAGCUGGUCCAGCGUUCGGCCGUGGGCUGGCACCACGCGGGCCUCGAGGCCUCGGACCGGGCGGCGCUCGAGUCGCUGUUCCGCGCCGGCGCGCUGCGCGCCCUGGUGAGCACGAGCACGCUGGCCGCGGGGGUCAACCUGCCCGCGCGGUUGGUCGUGGUGCGCGGCACCACCACGUACGGGGGCCAGCCGUACCCGGACUUGGUGCUCGAGCAGAUGGUCGGCAGGGCCGGCCGGCCGCAGGUGCGUGUCGCGCGUGCGGCGAGGGCCUGCAGCGGCUAGCUCUGCCGGAUCGCUCCAACCACGGAUAGCCCGAUUGGACC